AGCAGCGCCUGACAUAACGCAAAGACUGGGAUUUUAAGCCUCUUCCGAUUUCUUAUUCAGAGUUGCCCAAAUCCUGUGCUCCUUCCAUCCAGGUGGUAAAAUGGCGGAUAACUCUCUCAGAAAGCGAGUUUCUUCUCUUUCAUGGUUUACGCCUGAAAGGCUUCUUAUUAUAUUUUGUGUCAUUAAUUUGAUAAACUACGUGGAUCGAGGAGCCAUAGCGAGUAAUGGUGUUAAUGGAAGUCUAGAAACUUGUACUGACAGUGGGAUUUGUACCUCGGGUAGCGGAAUUCAGGGGGAUUUCAAGUUGAGCAAUUUUCAAGAUGGAAUUCUGUCAUCAGCAUUUAUGGUUGGGCUUCUGGUUGCUUCUCCUAUAUUUGCAUCUCUGGCCAAAAGUCAUAAUCCAUUUCGGCUAAUUGGAGUUGGCUUAUCUGUUUGGACAUUUGCAGUAGCUGGCUGUGGUAGUUCCUUUGAUUUUUGGUCUAUUGUGAUAUGCCGCAUGCUAGUUGGUGUGGGUGAGGCAUCCUUCAUAAGUCUCGCGGCCCCAUUUAUAGACGAUAAUGCUCCUGUUGCACAGAAAACAGCAUGGCUUGCUAUGUUUUACAUGUGUAUACCAGCUGGGACUGCUUUGGGCUAUGUUUAUGGCGGUAUUGUUGGAAGCCUUGUUAAUUGGCGCUUUGCAUUUUGGGGCGAGGCAAUUUUGAUGCUUCCUUUUCCUAUUCUGGGUUUUGUAACUGAGCCUUUGCCAUUGAGAGGCUUUGCUCCGAUGGAAUCCAGAGAGGCACUAGUAUCUGUUGAAGCAGUUGCUCCAGAAACUGAAGAUGAUGGCACACUUGCUGGGGGUCAAGCUUUUGUCACACAAUCCAAGUCAGCUUCAAAAUUGUGGAAUCAGUUCACCAGAAUUGCUAAUGACAUGCAGACUCUUUUGCAUGAUCAAGUGUUUGUUGUAAAUGUUCUAGGCUACAUAUCAUAUAAUUUUGUCAUUGGAGCUUACUCAUACUGGGGACCGAAAGCAGGAUAUAAUAUUUACCAUAUGGGUAAUGCUGACUUGUUAUUUGGAGGUAUGACAGUUGUUUGUGGGAUUUUGGGCACGUUAGCUGGAGGCUUGAUUCUUGAUAAGAUGACUUCAACGAUCUCUAAUGCUUUCAAGCUUCUUUCUGGAGCGACAUUUCUUGGGGCAAUAUUUUGCUUGGGCGCAUUUUGUUUUAAAAGCUUGUCAGGAUUCUUGGUCCUUUUCACUAUAGGUGAACUACUGAUUUUUGCCACACAGGCUCCUGUGAAUUAUAUUUCCUUACAUUGUGUAAAACCAAGUUUGAGGCCACUGUCUAUGGCGAUCUCCACUGUUUCAAUCCAUGUAUUUGGAGAUGUACCUUCCUCACCACUUGUUGGGAUCCUGCAGGAUCACAUUCACAACUGGAGGAAGACAGCCCUUAUUCUAACCUCCGUUUUCUUUCUGGCUUCUUUAAUAUGGUUCAUCGGGAUUUUUUUAAACAGUGUUGAUCUAUUCAGCGAAGAGGCUGACGAACACCCUGCUACAUGUAGAAGAGACAAAAUGAAGCCAUUGCUUGAAGAUGAUUCCAGUGAACCCUAAUGCGUCAUGCAUCCUUGAGAAGUAAAAAAAAAAAAUAUAUAUAUAUAUAUAUUAUUAUGCUUAUGAAUGUCACAUAACAUGAGUUGAUUGCCUUCGUGGUUGUGAAUUUCAUCUGACAUGAGAUGUGAUUGCUUCUUGCUCAUGUCAAUCCGUUAAAUUUGUGGGACGCAGAAAAUGUGGGUGACGGAAUUAUCUUUAUGGAAGGGCUAUGGUAACAUUACAGGUCGGGGACAAUGGGCAAUCAAGUGAUGAUGACAACUCUUGAAGUGUAAAAUAUACUGUUAUGUCUGAUAGGUGAGACGGAGGGAAGGGCAAGUCCCCGUAGUGUUAAUAUUUCUGUUGUUUAAAAUGUAUAUACGAAACAUGACGAGAUAUUUAUAUUAUAAAAAUGAAAAUGUAAAGAUGUAUUCCUAUUCU